GUCUUCCCUGUCAAGAUCUAGGGUUUCUCAUAUCAUCCUCUUUGUUUCAAUAAACCAGUUAUAGCUUUGCUUAAUGCUUAGGCCUUAGGGUCUAUGCUUUCUCUAUGUGUUACCAUAAGAGAAAACAAAAUUAAUAAGCUUAUUUUGAUUAACCAAUAUGCUAGGACUUCAUUUUUAAGCCCUCCAUGUUCAUAAUUUGUCUCUUUUAUAUUGAAGAUUAAGAAGGGAACUAGCCAGCUUAGCUUGUAAUGAUGGAAGAGAACAGCGGCACCGGAUGUUCGAAGACAGUGAAAGCCGAGACUGAGAGUGAAGAAAAUGAAGGUGAAAGUAGGCCUAAGAAUGGAGGAAGCUCAAGUAACAGCACGGUGGAAGAGAACGAGAAGAAGCCGUCGGUAAGGCCUUAUGUUAGAUCCAAGUUGCCGAGGCUACGGUGGACACCCGAUCUUCACCUUCGUUUCGUUCACGCCGUCGAAAGACUCGGUGGCCAAGACAGAGCUACCCCAAAGUUGGUUCUUCAACUUAUGAAUAUUAAAGGACUUAGCAUCGCUCAUGUCAAGAGCCAUCUACAGAUGUAUAGAAGCAAGAAGAUUGAUGAUUCAGGCCAAGUCAUAAGCGAUCAUAGGCAUCUUGUGGAAAGUGGAGAUCGAAAUAUUUAUAACCUCAGCCAACUUCCCAUGCUGCAAGGAUAUAGUAAUCUUCAUCAUCAUCAUCAUCAUCAUCAAGGUGACAGUUCUAGUAGUUUUUACAGAUAUGGAGACGCUUCCUGGGGUAACCGCGAGUACUCAAUGAGCCGUCCGUAUACAAGCACAAGUUUCAUCAAUGAAUCAAGACCGGGGUUGCAUCGAACGGUGACGGAGAAGAUCUUCAGCAGUAAUUGGGCCAGUUACGAUUUCAAGUGUAACCAAGUGCAACCAAGAUUAGGCCCAAUUGAGACAAGUUCCAUGAGCCAAAAUACUAGUUUAAGCAUUCAUAAUAGCAAUUUGAUUAGCCAAGACUUGAAAUCAACGAAAAGAAAGACUUUUGAUUGCGACCUCGAUUUAGAUCUAUCGCUACGUAUAACUGCAAAGGAAGAUAAGCAGCAAAAUUCCGAGCAAGACGAUGUAGUGAGUGAGUUAUCUCUAUCAUUAUAUUCACCAUCAUCAUCAUCAUCAAAGCUUAGUAGAUUGAAAAGUGAAGAAGAUCAUUGUACUAAGAAGAAUGCGAGAAGGGUAAGUACUCUAGAUCUGACUAUAUGAAUGGGACAAUUCUAAGUGAGAUCUUGAGGUACUUAUCCAAUAGGAAAGGUUAUUUUUUUUCUCAUUGUCCUGAACUAAUAUUACACCAAUUGAUAAUCGCCCUUUUUCUUAA